CAGAAGAGAACUGAUGAGGUGACGUUGAGCUGCUCUCUGUCACCAUCUGUAACCUGCAGGGAAGUGAAGUGGCUGUUUAUGAAUAUGGAUGUGACUGAAAACAACAAAGACCUGAAGACAUCACAGUCUUCCUGCUCGGCCAAUGUGAGCUUCUCAAAAUCCCAUUCUGUUCACAAGAUGAAGAACUAUAGCUCAUUAACAUGUAAAGUGAAGGAUGGUUACACAGAGGAAAAGUUUUCCUUCAUCCCUCCGUCAUCAGAAGGAAAGAACACAGUCUCGUGGUGGUACAUUGCUCCGGCUGUAGGUUUUGCCACAAUCGUAAUAUUUGCUGUGAUUCUCAUCAGAUGGAGAAGACACAAAGACACACAGAUGAACGCAGAUGAAAACAGAACCUUCUCAGCGGAGGAAAUGAAAGGUUUUGAUAAACCUGACUCUUCUCUCUGUGAGGCCGACUCUUCUGUUCCUGUCGUCUCAGGGAACAAAACACAGACGGAUAAACACACGGUCGACCCUGCAGAGGAUGUGUUCUACGCCUCCAUCAGCCACGCCCCUCACAGUGCGGCCCAGAUCCAGGGUGGUGAUGAUGCAGUGACCUACAGCACUGUGAAAGCUCCCUCCUCUUCUACUGGACCCUCAGCUGAUCCCAGCAGCCUCUAUGCCACCGUCCAGUUCAAACAAUAGAGAUAUGGAGAGACUCGUCCCGGUGAUUCCUCCACAGAGCAUCAGUAUCAGUGUUUCUCACCAAAGCAAUAAGCUGUGUCUUUCCACUGACGUCUGUCCAUUCAUCCAGCUGCAGUGAAAAUGCUUCAGCAAGUUUUUACACAACUUCAUCAAUAAUGUCUGUUCCAUCGUUUCUAUUCUGCAGCAACGGUGUCAUUUGACAAAGGCCCAGUUUAGAGCUGAUCUGCUGUGUUUGUGUCCAGCUUGGUCUCGGUCAGUGCAGCAGCAGCUGGAAGCAGCAGCUCCUCAGCUUUGGUGAAAGGCCUUUUGGCUUCAGCAUGAGAAGCCUCCAGUGCUGUGGCUGAUGUGGUGGAGACUUUUCACAUCGUUUCUUGUGAAACUAUGAAGUCAGACUGUUUCUUCUUGAGAAACUCUGGUGUCUAACCGACAUGACACUGAUGUGUUGUGCUGAGAUGUUGCUGCAGCUGCGCUGGCUUCAUGCAACUGUUUGAUAACUUUUCCUCACAGAAAAUGCACAAUGCU